AUGGUCAUGAAAUCGAUGAUACUAGGUUGUAACGAGAUAUUUAAAAUUUGCAGAGGUAUAGUGGAUAAUUUUUGUGAUGUUUGGGUUGCAGAUACCGAUAGAAUUCAGGUGUACGAAGAUAUAGCUAGGGAUCAAGUAGAAAUGCUUACAGGAAAAUACGUAAGCAAUAUAAAAAAAUACAGAUCUGAUUUUCUUCGGUUAUUUGCUAAGUGUGUGAGCGCCAAACAUAACAAAGAGUCAGCCGUUGGCUUGUACGUUGAUCUUGGGCAGCCUGAUAUCGGCAACGACAACUCGUUAAAUGCGUUAAUAGUUGUUUUUUGCAUGUUGAUCACGCUUAUACUGAUAGUACAUUUUAGGCUCAGGAAAAAAUACGUAGUUGAUGCGGAACAGGAAAGGUUAAGGAUAAUCCAAGAGGUAAAAUUGGCCGCUAAAGAAAAAAAGAAACCGAAAAGGAACGAUACUAAGCUAAUUGUACUCGAAAAGAUAGUUAUUGGUAACAAUAAUGGCUGUAAUAGCCUACCUAUCGAUAGCAAGCACAGUUACCAUUGAAAUUGCUUAGGAUUAAAUAUUUAU